GAUCUCGAUGCAGUUCACGAGAUAAUGAAGUCUUGAUUGAGAUGAAGUCUUGAUAUGUAGCUGAUCGUGUUUGAAGAAGUGACGCUGCAAUGAAGUAAUCUGAGACGAGAGAAAUACCUGGAACGUGUGGAUAUGUCCAGCAAUAAUUGCUCUCCAGGCUCCGCACAGCAGUCCGAGGAUUUGAAGUAUUUCGAGGAGAGGCUUAAAAGUAACCUUUCUUUCAUCUCUCCCCACGCCAGGAGAUGGAAAGCUGUGUUCUCCUUAGUGUUGAUCCUAUUGAUAAUGUCACUUAUCCACUGGUGGAACCACUUCGAUUAUGACCAGCACUCGGUUAUAGCAAGCUUAUGUACAGAGCCCAGCCUGCUACUAUGCCUUGUUUUGCUAGUGAUUCUUCUGCUGCUUGGUGCACAUCACCGGUGCAGAGCGCCAGCUAUUAUUGCAGAUCGGGUCCGCCUGGUCUUGAAGGACUAUAACAUGUCAGUCGACAAUGCUGGUCGCUUGAUACUUCUGCCGAGCAAGCAACCUCCGCGGACCAAUGGCAGGUGACAAUACGGUGACUGACCGCUCAACACAACACCCUCUCAGGUAUUUUCUUCUUUCUAGUUCUUUAGAUUCUUUAUCCAGUUCAAUAUUCUGUGCCAAUGUGAGCUUGCAUUCACUAUGCACUUCUCUCCUUGUAUAUAUUAUGUGAUAUUACCCUAUUUCUAUUAGCCGUGGUGUAUGCUACCUCGAUGCGCCAUUUGUUUCCAUGACAACGGCUGGCUCCGUGAUCUCAUCUCUAUUUUACCUUAGUGCGUAAAGAUAUGUCUAUUUCGUUCAGCUGACUCAUGAGUCAGGUUGAGAUGGCACACUGUGCUGUUUGGAGCCGCAUGUGCCUAUAUCUCUGGCGACUUGUACUGGUGGUACCGAGUACAUGUAGUAUCAAGUGUUCUCCACCGCAUCGACAUGCCAUGUAACGCGCAUGUUGGUGAUGAUGGACGAAUGUGCGACGGUCUCCUGUGAAUGUCCUGUGAAUGUCCUGUGAAUGGCUAUGUGUGCUGACACUGUCUGUAUAGUACAUGUAUCUAUUUUACUUCAUGCAGUGUUUGUACAUUUUAUCUUGAAAAUCAGCCUUGAUUUGCUAUCUCACCAGCUGUGGCAUAUCUAUACAUAUCCUUAUUGUUCGACAUUCUUCAUAUUGUGAUCUGUCAACUGUUUGGUUUGUCUAUGUGACGGCUGUCUUGUUGUGCCUGUCAAGGUGCCUUAAUUCUUGCUGAGGCGCUUGCUGUGUUGGAUACUAGUAGUUUUCACACAAGUAGGCACUGUUGCUGUAAUGGUGCUUGAUGCAGAUCAAGUGCAGAGCUGCUCACGCACGCCCGAAAUUCGUAUUUAUGCACUACGCAGCAUAGCAGCUGUUAGGUUUGCUUGCGUACGUUCAUCUUGUUACUAAGUCUUAUGAGUUUCAUGUACAGAUGUAUGUCAUGAUGGGUCAUGUACCUAUUGGCAGUAUUGCCGCCGUCCGUGA